AUGGGGCCAUCACCUUGCCUUGUUCGGCAUACUGUGGGUGCCACGAGUGGCUCCCCGCCUCCGGCGAGCUCUGCUCUGACACAAGACCAGUUUGAUCUGGCGAGGACCUGCACGGUGUGCCAGGGCCAGUGCUGGUGCGUGGGCUCCAGCAGGGCUGAGGAGUGCCGAGCGUUGCUGGCUGAGCGCGAGCAGAGCUCCAGCACAAGCGAGCUGAGAUCCCUUGUAGUAGUCCAUGAUGUGAAUGAGCUGACGGAAAAGCUGUUUCCAAUCGUCGAAGCCAUGCAGAAACACUUCAGUGCGGGAUCGGGGACCUACUACAGCGACGCGAUCUUCUUCUUGUCAGUUGCAAUGCAUCGCAUCAUGCCCAAAGAAAUAACACAGAUCAUCCAGGUAGACUUGGACCUGAAGUACAAGACCAACAUCCGAGACCUGUUUGAUGAGUUUGACAACUUCCCAGAUGGAGCAGUCAUUGGGAUUGCCAGGGAAAUGCAGCCAGUGUACAGGCACACCUUCUGGCAGUAUCGCCGCGAGAACCCCCAAACCAAAGUGGGGGAUCCCCCUCCUGAUGGGCUGCCCGGCUUCAACAGUGGCGUCCUUCUCCUGAACCUUGAAGCCAUGAGGCAGUCCAAGCUCUACAACCAGCUGCUGGAGCCCACCAUGGUGCAGAAGCUGACAGAGAAGUACCACUUCAAGGGCCACCUCGGGGACCAGGAUUUCUUCACCAUGGUAGGGAUGGAGCACCCAGAGCUCUUCCAUGUGCUCGACUGCACGUGGAACCGGCAGCUUUGCACAUGGUGGAGGGACCAUGGAUACAGCGAUGUGUUCGAUCAGUACUUCCAGUGUGAGGGUGAGGUCAAAAUUUACCAUGGGAACUGCAACACCCCGAUCCCUGAAGACUAGGGCUCCCACCGCCCCCGGGAGCAGCUCUGACUGCAGCAAGCCCUG